CAACAAGAUCACUCCGGAGAAAUUUGAUAAGUUGAGCGAGGAACUGAUAAAUUUGGGUCUUGAUUCAACUGCUAUUUUGAAAGGAGUCAUUUUGUUAAUAUUCGAAAAAGCUUUAGAGGAACCCAAGUAUAGUUCUAUGUACGCCCAGUUAUGUAAAAAAUUAAGUGAAGAAGUACCUAACUUUGAAAAUAACAAUUCAACAUUACUUAAUUCUCACAACCCCAAUCGGACAUUUCACCGGCUUUUAUUGAUCAAGUGCAAAGACGAAUUUGAGAAACGUUUCAGAGCAACUGAGGCUUUUGGAGAUGGACCUCUGUCACCUGACGAAGAGGAACAACGAGCUUUGGCCAAACAUAAAAUGCUUGGCAAUAUUAAGUUUAUAUGUGAACUUGGUAAACAAAAGCUUUUACAGGAGAACAUUUUACACCGGUGUAUUCACCAAUUGUGUAAGAAAAAAGUGGACGAGCCAAUACAGAGUAAGGCUGAAGACCUUGAAUGUCUCUGUCAGAUAAUGAAGACGAUUGGUUGUCUUCUGGAUACACCUGAAGCCAAACCUUUGAUGGAUCAAUAUUUUGAAAGGAUGGAAAAAUUCUCCCAGAAUCAAGAGUUGCCCUCACGGAUACGAUUUAUGCUCCAAGAUGUUUUGGAGCUGAGGGCUAAUAAAUGGGUUCCGCGGCGAAUCCAAAGGGAACAGAAUCCUAAAACCAUUAUUCAGAUUCGUGCUGAAGCAGCAAAAGAUUUUGGAGUUUAUAUGCCUCCAACUAUUUCUUUAGGAAAUCAACAUCCAAUUUACCAAAUUUAUCCGAAUAUGUCUAUGAGACAAGCUCAAUUUCUUUCUGGCUCUAAUCAAAUUCUUAUGAGUCAUACUGCACCAGGGCAGAGAGCUCUUGAUGAUUUAUAUUCAUCGCCUUUGCUUCCUUACGGAAUGGGUCCUACAAACCCCAUGGUUCAAGGUCGUGGUUAUGUCAAUCAAGAAAGAGAUCGUGAUUCUGCUGGUCGUCCAAAAUUGAAUAAUAUUGCUCCUAUUUAUCAGCAACAACAGCAGCAACAUCAGCAACAUCAGCAGCAACAACAGCAGCAACAGCCUCAACAACAACAACAACAACAUGCACCGUCUCACCACCAUCAUCAUCAUCAACUUCAACAACAACAGCAUCAUCAUCAUCAUCACCAGCAUCACCAGCAUCAUCAUCAUCAUCAACCUCAACAACAGCAACCACAUCAUCCACAGCAACAACCUACUGGUCAGAACUCUUUGCAAUUAAAUAUGUCGCCUAAUUUUACGAAUAAUAGUGUAAUUGGAAGUGUUAGCAAAGAUUUGCCACCGCGAUUUCAAAGAAUGGCUUUGCAACAGCAAACACCACACUUGCCUAUUAAACAACAGCAGCCUCAGCAACCAAUUCAAAUUCAACAACUACAACGGCCUAUGUUAGGACCUUUAGGAGGAAUAGCACCUAAUAUAAUUAAUCAAAGUCCCGUUGUAGACGGGAAUGUUGCAAGGCAACAACAAGUACCCAAUAAACCAGUCGUACCUGCUACCAAUCAUUUCAAUACACUUGACGGCAAUGAAAUAUCUUUAAGACCUGCUCAGAAUUCUAUCAUGCACAAACAUAAUGUGGUUUUGAACAAGUCCAAAACCAAUAUGUCUUCUCAAUUGAUCAAUGUAAACUCUAGUAUGAAAAUUAUGGAUAACCAGUUAGCCUCUUAUCAUGUUCCAAUCGGUGUAACCAACAAAUCUCACAAAGGAAAUAAUGAGCAUCAAGCUAAUUUGAAAAACAAGUCAUCUAUUCAAAACAAUAAAGAAACAGUCUUGAAAAAAUCUGAAGAAAUUUUGAGUAACUUUCUAUCUUCGUCCGAUAUGGAUACAGCUGUCAGUGACAUUCAAAAUCUUAAAAUACCUAAAAAUUACCAGAGUGAUGUUCUUGUCAAUAUUAUUAAAAGAACACUGGAUAAGACAGAAAGUGAUCGAGAAUUGGUUAGUAAAUUGCUGCUUCAAUUGAAAAAUGGCAGCGUUUUAGAUACCAAUGUGUUCUUUUCUGCGUUUAAAGAUUUAUUAAAUCAUAUGGGCGAUGUGGAAAUAGACAUUCCUUGGGUUAAAUCAUAUGUUGCCGGAUUUUUGGCUAGAGCAAUCGUGGAUGGACUUAUAACCUUAAAAGAUGUUUAUGAUGUGGUUGAAGGUGGACAAUAUUACCCUUUAUUACUACUUUGUCUUCAAACACUUCAUCAAACUAAAGGUCAAGAAUGGUUGACCAAAACUUUCAAUGAUAACAAAAUUAAUUUGUUAAAUACUUUGCCUGAAAUCGAUAGAGAAAAAGAAAGGCUAGCGGAUAUUCUUAAAGAACGUAAUCUCAGUUUCCUUUACCCUCUGCUUAGGAUUGAAUUUGACAUGAUGAAACAUUUAAAUGAUGAUGAUUGCUCCCCCAACUCUCUAUAUCGUUGGAUUAAGAGCAAUGUUGAUCCCGGUUUAAGAAAUACUUCUGGCUUCAUCAAUCUACUUUUUACCUGUGUUGCCAAGUAUAUCAUCGAGAAAGCUAAACAAGCGACUUCCGAUGAUACUUUCAAUGAAGGAGAUUCGAAUAAUUCUGGAUCAUCUACCAACGGCAAUGAUCAUGAAAGAGAUGUAUUAAGCAAAUAUAGAGCUGUUUUUCAGGCCUUCCUUGAAGAUAAACCGAAUCUUCAGUUAAUUCUCCUUUAUUCUCUUCAAAGCUUUUGGUAUGGUCUAGGAUGUCCAAAAGGAAUGCUAUUGAGAUGGUUCUCAUUUCUAUAUGACUUUGAGAUAGUUGAAGAUGACGUUUUUUUAAAAUGGAAAGAGGAUAUAAACGAUGAAUAUCCCGGUAAAGGCCAGGCUUUGUUUCAGGUUAACAAGUGGUUUGAAUGGCUAGAAAAAGACGAAGAAGAGGAAGAGGAAGAGGAAGAUGAAGAUGAUGGUUCAGAUAGUGGCACCAAAUGAUGCUGUCUUAUAUACAAUCAUACAUACCAUCUUUAUCACCAACAUUAAUAUUGCUUCUACAAUUAUUAUUAGUAUUCGUUUAUCAUUCAGUUUCACAAUUUAACAUUCUGUUGGAAAAAAAGGGUUGGAAAAGCAAGCAAAAGGAAAAAAAGAGCAAAAAGAUUGAAGCUGUCAGAAGCUGGUAUCGAGAUAAUAUCCAAGGUUAUGAAAGGUCAUUUACCUGCAAACAAUUCAGCUUUCUCUUUUUCAUCAUAUCUUGUUAUCGUAUCAAAACUUGACUCAUGGAUUCAAUGGUAUUUCUAGCUGAUUACAUGAUGCAUUCAUCUCAACUCUAAUACGCUAUCCUUUCAGUUUAGCCUGAUCUUUCAUCAACACCAUUUUUACAGCUAAAUAGCUAGCUAUUUGUACCUUUUCAUUCAAUGGUAACUAUUCUUGCUCAAUCCGAGUGACAAUAAGUUUCAUUAUAUUUCCUGUCUUAUCUGGCAUCUUUACUGUAAUGAUCAAGGAGUAGCAGAGAAAAGUGCGAAAAAAUAUUCUUGAUUUCCUUUUCUGUACCUUUUCUUAACAGAAAUACAAUUGAAGUUACUGAUGAUCUAGAAUAUGCAAGAAUAACCUUUCUUCACAUUUUCUCUGUCUAUCAUUUUUCUUCCUACUCUCUUUCACUUUGUCAUCUCCUGACAUUGACCUUCAGUUGUUUCCUAAAUUAUUGAUACUACAAGACCUUCAAUUACAAGUGAAAACUAUUUCAAUUAAACACCCAAUGCACUAUGGAAAGCUGUACAAAUGUAAUCAAAACAUUUCACUUUCAAUGAACUUUUUACUGCCUAUUUUGAUUAUUCAAAGAGUAAUCUUAAUGCAUGAUUAUAAUUCAUAAGAAAUGGCAGUGAAUGGUUAAACACUUUGAAAAAAGAUAAAUUUAGAACCAAUCAUGAUAAAUAAAGUGUUGGAUGUUUUUUGGAUUAA